UAUAGUGACAAAAUGAAAUAAGAGACGAGAGUGUUCAACCCCGCAAAACCAAAACAAGCCUGAGAUAAUCACACCAUUAAACAAAAUCAGAAAGUAGGAAAAAAAGAAAAGAAAAGAAAAAGAUGCAGCUUUUGCCCCUUUAGAUUUUCGGUUUAUAAAUACUGCAGAGAGAGGGAGAGUGAGAGAGGUCUGGUUCCCCUGCAGCUUGCCGGUUGGUUGUUUUGUGUCCGAGAAAAUGGCCUGGUUUCCCUCCCUUUUCCUUCUUCUCUCUCUAGCUCUGCUUCUCUCCUCUCACUGCAAUGCCACCUUCCGCCACCACCGCCACCCCCGCUCCGCCGCGCACAACUACAGAGAUGCCCUCACCAAAUCCAUCAUGUUUUUCGAGGGCCAGAGAUCGGGAAAGCUCCCUCCUACUCAGAGAAUUACUUGGAGGAAAGAUUCGGGCCUCUCAGAUGGCGCUGCAAUGCACGUUGAUUUGGUGGGAGGAUACUACGAUGCAGGGGACAACGUUAAAUUUGGAUUUCCCAUGGCGUUUACUACGACGAUGCUUUCGUGGAGUGUGAUCGAGUUCGGAGGCCUAAUGAAGGGAGAGCUGCAGCAUGCCAAAGAGGCCAUCAAAUGGGCCACUGACUAUCUCCUCAAAGCCACUGCUCAUCCAGACACCAUCUAUGUGCAGGUUGGAGAUGCCGGAAAGGAUCACGCUUGUUGGGAAAGGCCCGAGGACAUGGACACACCAAGAAGCGUGAUCAAGAUUGACAAGAACACCCCUGGCACAGAAGUUGCAGCUGAGACUGCUGCUGCUCUUGCUGCUGCUUCCUUAGUUUUCCGGAGGAGUGAUCCUAAUUACUCCAAGGUUCUUGCAAGAAGGGCGAUUCGGGUGUUUGAGUUUGCUGAUAAGCACCGGGCCGCAUAUAGCGUGGGUCUGAGGCGUUACGUGUGCCCUUAUUACUGCGAUUUCUCCGGCUAUCAGGAUGAGCUGUUGUGGGGUGCUGCUUGGCUGCACAGAGCGACGAGAAACCCGACUUAUCUGAGCUACAUUCAGGCGAACGGGCAGACGCUAGGAGCUGAUGAAACUGAUAACACAUUUGGUUGGGACAACAAGCAUGUUGGAGCUAGAAUCCUUCUCUCCAAGGCGUAUCUCGUCCAAAAUGUCCAGCCUCUCCACGACUACAAAAGCCACGCCGAUAACUUCAUAUGCUCUCUGCUCCCGGGGACGCCCUACUCCUCUGCUCAAUACACCCCCGGUGGUCUGUUGUUCAAGAUGAAUGAUAGUAAUAUGCAGUAUGUGACUUCCACUUCUUUCCUUCUCGUGACCUACGCCAAGUACUUGACCACGUCGCGUAGGGUUGUGAACUGCGGUGGCGCCAUCAUCACCCCGAAGAAGCUUCGGGCAUUCGCCAAGAAUCAGGUGGACUACUUGCUGGGAGACAAUCCGAUGAAAAUGUCGUUCAUGGUGGGGUACGGUUCGAGAUAUCCGGUGCGCAUCCACCACCGGGGCUCGUCCCUCCCGUCGGUUAAUGCUCAUCCGUCCAAGAUCCAAUGCUCUUCCGGCUUCUCGGUGAUGAGCUCGCAAUCGCCCAACCCUAACAUCCUAAUCGGAGCGGUCGUUGGUGGGCCCGAUCAGAACGACCGGUUCCCGGAUCAACGGUCCGAUUACGAGCAAUCGGAACCCGCCACCUACAUCAAUGCACCUCUAGUUGGAGCAUUGGCAUAUCUUGCACACUCAUUUGGCCAACUUUAGACAAUGCCAACUUACUAGUCUAAGAAUUUAUCCCCCCCUUUUUUUUUUCUUUUUUAAUAGUUCUCAAUUUAGUAGUACUAACUAAUUAUGUGAGUUAAGGCUCAGGGGGCUGCAAGAGAUGUACUACUGUGUGUUGUGUGUGUGCACGGUGGGGCCCCUGUCUGAAGUUAUUAUAUAGUUUGAAAUGGUCUUUUAAGGUUAUAAGUGAAGUGUGAAUGUAAUGAAUGCAAGCAUGGAAUGAAUGUGAGUUUCGUGCCCUAGACGGCGAA